GGUGGGAUUUGUCGAACCGACAAAACAUGGGACUCCUGUCCCUUGAAGUACAACUUGUCUCUUCCUGAGUAAGGAGAAAGGCAUCUGUAGUGCCUCUCCCAGGGACACAUAGAAGAGAGAAAAGCGAUCAAGAUAAGAGUGGACAGAGGAAUAAGCUAGACAUGUUCACGAAACGGUCCCCUGCCCUCGCUCUGGAAGAGCGCUACCGCCGAGCUGGGGUCCCAAAGCCGGUAGGAUCCACGAUCCACGCUCCUGCCGAAGAGAGGUCCGGUGGCCUUCGAGUCCAGGUGAAUUCAGGGUCAACCCUUCCCGCCGCAGUCCCCUCCUUCCCCCGGGUACCACCUCCUUCCCCGGCCGUCGGUGAGCUCUGUCUUUCUCAGUGCUGCGCUCAGCGCCUUGCAGCUAGUACUGGGGCACGCGGACCACUUGCCUUGCCUCUGAGACUCUCCAGGGUCAUGGGCAGGGUGUCCUUCAGCUUUCGAGUUGGCUCGGUCCGGAGAUCCCGCUCUGCUUGCCAGGGGCUCUGCUACCUCUCCUACAGAGUCCCUCUUCCGCCAGGCGCCGGCGGCACAUCCAGUGGACUCAGCCGCACACCGGCGCUUGGGGAGGCUGCCGGUGGAGCCGUCGGAACCAGCCCCUCUGGGAUCCACGGCUUGCUCUCUGCACCCUCGUUUCAGGCAUCCGGUAGCUGGAAGGACUGCGCGGCAGCCUUGCUUGCCCCAGACGUCUUGGGAGCUGAUGACAAUAACAUGGGAGAUGGCUGCUCACAGAAGCUGGCCACAGCUAAUAUCCUUCGCUUUUUGCUGCUGGUCCUGAUUCCGUGCAUCUGUGCGCUCCUUGUCUUGCUGGUGAUCCUGCUCUCCUUUAUUGGAACAUUAAAAAAGACCUAUGUUAAAUCAAAUGGAAGUGAACCUAUGGUUACUGAUGGUGAAGUUCAAGUGCCUGAUGUUAUUCUGAUAAAUACAAUUUAUAAUGAGAGCACGAUGGUACCUACUGUACAUCCCAACCAACACAUUCCAGCCUGGACUAUGGAUGCUUCUCUCCCUGGGGAUCAAAGUCACAGGAACACAAGUGCCUGCAUGAACAUCACCCACAGCCAAUGUCAGAUGCUGCCUUAUCAUAACACAAUGACACCUCUCAUCUCAGUUAUCAAAAACAUGAAAAUGGAGAAGUUCAUCAAGUUCUUCACAUACCUCCAUCGUCUCAAUUGCUACCAGCACAUCAUGUUAUUUGGCUGUAGCCUCGCCUUCCCUGAAUGCAUCAUUGAUGGAGAUGACAGGCGUGGCCUCCUGCCCUGUAGAUCUUUCUGUGAGGCUGCAAAGGAAGGCUGUGAGUCUGUCCUGGGGAUGGUGAACUCCUCCUGGCCCAAUUUUCUCAAAUGCUCCCAGUUUAAAAACCAAACUGAAAGCAGCAACAUCAGCCGGAUUUGCUUCUCCCCACAGCAGGAAAAUGGAAAGCAAUUGCUCUGCGGAGGAGGUGAGAACUUUCUGUGCACCAGUGGGAUCUGUGUCCCCCAGAAGCUACAGUGUAAUGGCUACAAUGACUGUGAUGACUGGAGUGACGAGGCACAUUGCAACUGCAGUGAGGAUCUGUUUCGCUGUCACACAGGCAAAUGCCUUAAUUAUAGCCUCGUGUGUGAUGGAUAUGAUGACUGUGGGGAUCUGAGCGAUGAGCAAAACUGUGAUUGCAAUCCUACAAAGGAGCAUCGCUGUGGGGAUGGGCGCUGCAUUGUGGCUGAGUGGGUGUGUGAUGGUGACCAUGACUGUGUGGACAGAUCCGACGAGGUCAAUUGCUCCUGUCACAGCCAGGGCCUGGUGGAGUGCAGGAAUGGACAGUGUAUCCCCAGCUCUUUCCAGUGCGAUGGAGACGAGGACUGCAAGGAUGGGAGUGAUGAGGAGAACUGUGGUGACAGUCAGACUCCAUGUCAAGAAGGAGACCAAAGAUGUCUCUACAGUUCCUGCCUUGACUCAUGUGGUGGAAGCUCUCUGUGUGACCCAGACAGCAAUCUAAGUAACUGCAGUCAGUGUGAACCCAUUACCCUGGAACUCUGCAUGAAUUUGCCCUACAACCAUACAAAUUAUCCAAAUUAUCUUGGCCACCAGACUCAAAAGGAAGCAUCCAUCAGCUGGGAGUCCUCGCUCUUUCCAGCACUGGUUCAAACGAACUGUUACAAAUACCUCAUGUUCUUUGCUUGUACCAUUUUGGUACCAAAGUGUGAUGUGAACACAGGCCAGCGCAUCCCCCCCUGCAGAGUACUGUGUGAACACUCCAAAGAACGCUGUGAGUCUGUUCUUGGGAUCGUGGGCUUACAGUGGCCUGAAGACACAGAUUGCAAUCAAUUUCCAGAGGAAAACGCAGACAAUCAAACCUGCCUGAUGCCUGAUGAGGAUGUGGAAGAAUGUUCACCCAGUCACUUUAAAUGCCACUCAGGAAGAUGUGUUCUGGCUUCCAGAAGAUGUGAUGGCCAGGCUGAUUGUGACGAUGACAGUGAUGAAGAAAACUGUGGUUGUAAAGAGAGAGAUCUUUGGGAAUGUCCAUCCAAUAAACAGUGUUUGAAACACACAGUGAUCUGCGAUGGUUUCCCAGACUGCCCUGAUAACAUGGAUGAAAAAAACUGCUCAUUUUGCCAAGAUGAUGAACUGGAAUGUGCCAACCAUGAGUGCGUGUCCCGUGACCUGUGGUGUGACGGAGGAGCAGACUGCUCUGACAGUUCAGAUGAAUGGGACUGUGUGACCCUCUCUAAAAAUGUCAACUCGUCAUUCCUGACUGUCCACAGAUCUGCAGUGGAACACCACGUGUGUGCAGAUGGCUGGCAGGAGACCCUGAGUCAGCUGGCCUGCAGGCAGAUGGGUUUAGGAGAACCAUCUGUGACUGAACUGAUACAAGAACAGGAACAAGACCAGCAGUGGCUGAUGGUGCAGUCCAACUGGACGAGCCUCAAUGGAACCACUUUGCAUGAACUGAUGGUCCACAGGCAAUCUUGUCCAAGCAGAAGAAAGAUCUCUCUUCUGUGUACUAAACAAGACUGUGGGCGCCGGCCUGCUGCCCGCUUGAACAAGAGGAUCCUUGGGGGUCGGACAAGUCGCCCUGGAAGGUGGCCGUGGCAGUGCUCUCUGCAGAGUGAACCCAGUGGACAUAUCUGUGGCUGUGUUCUCAUUGCCAGGAAGUGGGUUCUGACAGUUGCCCACUGUUUAGAGGGGCGAGAGAGCGCUGCUGUGUGGAAGGUGGUGUUUGGCAUCAACAACCUGGACCACCCAUCCGCGUUCACGCAGACACGCUUCGUGAAGACCAUCGUCCUGCAUCCCCGCUACAGUCGAGCAGUGGUGGACUAUGACAUCAGCAUUGUGGAGCUGAGUGAAGACAUCCACGAGACGAGCUAUGUCCGACCUGUCUGCUUACCCAGCCCGGAGCAGUCUCUGGAACCAGAUACAUACUGCUAUAUCACAGGCUGGGGCCACAUGGGCAACAAAAUGCCUUUUAAGCUGCAAGAAGGAGAGGUCCGUAUUAUUUCUCUGGAACAGUGCCAGUCCUACUUUGACAUGAAGACCAUCACCAACCGGAUGAUAUGUGCUGGCUAUGAGUCUGGCACGGUGGACUCAUGCAUGGGUGACAGUGGUGGGCCUCUUGUUUGUGAGCAAUCUGGAGGACUGUGGACUUUAUUUGGUUUAACUUCAUGGGGCUCUGUCUGCUUUUCCAAAGUCCUGGGGCCUGGUGUGUAUAGCAAUGUUUCAUACUUUGUUGAAUGGAUUGAAAAACAAAUAUAUAUCCAUACCUUCCUCCUAAAGUAAUUCCAAGGAUGAUCAGAAACUUUUGCCAGCAACAUUGAAAGAGAAUGGCCUUCUUGACUGUGAAGAGCUUCUUUCAGAGAGCUGUACAGAUAUAUUUUCCAUGGACAGGGAUGCUCACCAUGCACUGCAGAUUUUCAUGUUUGUUUUAAGACCAAUUUUGUUCACCUUUUUUUUUUUUCAAUUUUAUCAUUCUCUAAUUUCGAAUUCCAUGACACGUUUUAAGAAAACAAAUAAAGCAGAACAGGUUUUGUUUUUUUUACCAGGCCUAGUCUUGACUGAAGGAUGAAAUUAACAACUCUGUACAGAUUUAAAAUAAUGCAGGCCUUAGGGUAACAGGUUACAGAAAGUUCUGUUUUAGUCUAUUACAAAAUGGACAUUUAGAUCCAGGCUAACUAUUCUCCUUCAGUUUCUGUUUCUCAAGCACAGUAGCUUAGAGGCAAAUUUUAAUAUUAACAUUGGAGACUGGCUUUUGAUUUAUUAAAAGUCAAGAUCAUUUACAUGUUUAAAUUAUUUACUAUUACUCUUCCAAAGUUUGCUUAAUUCUUAGAGCUUAUGAAAGAUAGAGUUAAAAGACCAAUAGCUGACAUUGUAAGACACUGAAUGCAAAGUUCCCAAGACAGCAAGAUUAACACUUGACAUUAUAGUUUUGCCUAUCCUGGAUUUAAAUCAAGUUUAUAAUUUUAUAGAAAAGUCUUCAUAAAACUUUCCCCAUUGCUAGGGCUUUCCCAGUGCACAUCAGUUGGCUAAUUGAAAUUUCAACAAAUAGGUCAAUAUUCAUGGGAAAUAUUUGUUUUGCUGAUGUGAAAUAAAGUGGAGAUUAAAUUUUAUGAAAGGAGAACCUGCAGUACAUUAUAUAGAUGCAAUGUUUUAAAUAGAAAAUUAAAUUGUACCCCACCCUAAAUUAAAUAUGAAAAUUUAGUUUUCCUGUAUUCAUCCAUACCAAUAAAUUCAAAGAAAUAUAUUUCAAAGCACAGUAAAAUGUUGCAUGCAAUAAAACAUUUUGCAAUUUCCCCCAAUGAUGUCUAACAUUUGGUGUUGCCAUUUCUUCUCAUUAAUAAUUAAACAAAAAUUGAAGGACGCUUUUAAGCACUAGGCCACAUUACGCAAAUGAAUUUUCAAAGCCAUUAGAGGUUUACAGUAUUUUUCUUCACUAAAAAGCUUCAAAACAGAAAUCUUCAUAUAUACCUAAUUUAAUUAGUUAGCCAUCCAUUUUGCAACAUCCAAAUGCCUUUUCAAACAAGUAGGAUUUGCGACUAACCUCCACUAGCACCUGGACUGCCGCAGCAUUCCUAAUAGAGACUACCUACGAUUUUAUAUGUGUACUUUUGUACUCUUUUCUACAUGUAAACACAUUUGAAAUUCAAGAAGUUCUUUUGACAUUUAUUUUUUCAUGUCAUUUAUCUCCUGCUUUGUAGUUUGUCAUAAAUCUAGAGAGAGGGUGAAAUCCAGCAAUUGAUUUGCGGUCACAAUUAUAUGAAAGUUUAAGAACGUGUCAGUUUUAUUAUGGUUGUAGGUACCUACUUAAUGUAACAACUUUUAGCUUUGCUCAACUUAUGUUCAGUGACAUGUACAUAUUGUACUUAUUUUAAAUAAUUAUAAAUACAAAUAAAAUGGUAUUAUCUUU